CUCCCACCAUCUGUUCCUCCAGACAAGUUCCUUGGGAACCAGAUCAACAGCUACGGCCACUUCAUCUACUUCACCUUCACCUCCGAGACGCCCGAUCUGCUUCCCGGCCGCGUCACGGUGUUGCUGGAGGGGGGCGGGGUGGACGGGGGGCCCCUCCGCCUGUCGGCCGACUUCCCCCCACUAACGCCGCCAUCGUCAUCAUCUUCAUCAUCGCUUGGCAGAGCACCCGUGCACACCUUUGCGGUCAGGCUUCAUGAGGAGGAGGUGUUCAGGCCCACCGUUUCCUCCUUUCAGUUCCGCCAUCUUCUUCACAACCUGACAGCCUUCAAGAUCAGCAACGCAGGAGGACACAAUUACACCUCCCAGCUCUCUGGAGUACGGCUGGCCUCGGCUGCCAUCCCCUCCUCGUCCUCCCCCUCCCCCCUGGCUCCGGCCCCCUGGGUGGAGGUGUGCUCCUGUCCCCGGGGCUUCGCCGGCCGGCUCUGUGAGUCCUGUGCGCCGGGCUUCACCAGGGAGACCCCCCGCGGCGGCCCGCUGGCGCCCUGCGUCCCCUGCACCUGCCACCAGCACGGACCCUGCCACCCAGAGACUGGCACGUGCGAUUGUUCUGAUUUCACCGCCGGGACAACCUGUGAGCAGUGCCUUGAAGGUUACUAUGGUAACGCUCUGAUUGGCACGCCGGGCGACUGCCGACCUUGCCCCUGCCCGGGUCGUACCAGCUGCGCUCAGAUCACUCAGACGGGGGAGGUGGUCUGUACCAACUGCCCAGCGGGGCGGGCGGGUGUGCGCUGUCAGAAGUGCGAGGACGGUUCCCACGGCGACCCCCUGGGCCAGGCGGGACCGGUUCGAGCCUGCGCUCGGUGCGACUGCAGCGGGAACGCGGACCCCAAUGCGGUGGGCACCUGCCACCACCUGACCGGCCGCUGUCUGAAGUGCCUCGGCCACACGGAGGGGGAGCGCUGUGAGCGAUGCCAGCAGGGUUUCUAUGGCGACGCCCUGAACCAGACGAUGACCCAGAAAUGCAAAUCUUGCAGCUGCAGCCCCGCCGGGACCUCCGGCCCGGGGGGCCAGUGUCACCCCCAGACCGGACACUGCCACUGCCUUCCCAACGUGGGCGGGAGGGACUGCAGCAGCUGCCAGGUCGGCUUCUUCCACCUCCAGCCCGGCCAUGGCUGUCAGGGGUGCGACUGUAAUUCCAUUGGCUCGUCCUCCACCGCCUGCCAUCCAAUCACAGGCAUGUGUGUGUGCCGUGCGGGUGUUGAGGGGAGGCAGUGUGACUCGUGUAGGGCGGGAUUCUUCAGCUUCUCGUCCCGCGGUUGUCGAGCCUGUAACUGUGACCCCAUGGGUUCCGUGUCCAUGCAGUGCCAUGGCAACGGGACCUGCCACUGUCGCCAAGGUUUCAUGGGUUAUAAGUGUGACAAAUGUCAGUUGAACUUCUACCACAACAGAGCAACGCACCACUGUGAGGCAUGUCCAAUCUGUUACGGCCUGGUCAAGGACAAGGUGGAGACGCUCGGAGCCCAGCUGGCCCACCUCGAGAGGCUCCUGGCUCGCUAUGACUGCCGUGGCCGGCGCCUCCCCCCUCUGCAGAGGAGCCCCGCGGACCACCAGGGGGAGGACGCCCUGCCCAACGCCCUGGAGGACAUCCUGGCUUUCCAAGAGGCCCGUGAGGCGUUCAUCCAGCGGUUCUCUGCCCUGGGGGCGUCCACCCACACGCUGUCGGCCCAGCUGCAGGGCAUCGCCACGGCGAUGGGCUGCGGAGCAGGUGGAACAGCGGCAGAGUUGACGGAGGAGGAGGAGGAGCAGGAGGAGGGAGUGGAGGUAGUGGAGAGGAGCAGGGGAGGAGGUGUCGCGUGUCAAACCCUCGCCGAAUCCGUGGUGAUGGUCAGAGCAUCUGACGAACGUCUGAAGAAGGCGACUCUGGAUCUGAACAACAUGAUAAUUCCCUUUGAGCUGGCGACAGGACCGAACAAAUGGAACAUCAUGGUCAAUGACUCACGGGCUCUAAUGAAAAGUCACGAGGGCAUGGCCGACCGCAUCGAGGGCGUGGCCCGCGACGCCUUGAGGACCUCCAACCAGACCUUUGUGAUGCUGCUGGACCUUCUACAGGACAACUCCACACACACCUUCAUCAGAGGGCUGGAGGAGCGGCUCUCUGCCAUGCAGGAACUCAAGAGGAACCUCACAGCCACAGCCAACCAGACCUUAGCCAAUCGGCUGGCUCUGGAGGAGGGGUCACUCGUACUCCACAUUGCCCUGGGUAAUAUUACCUCAUCCAUACGUCAGAUGGCGCUGACCGACCCUGGGUCCGACCAGACCACCAACCACUCAGCAGAGGGGCUGUUGAACCGGACCGCUGAGCUGGCCCUCCAUGUGCAGACCAAAGAGGAGCUGGUCAGCACCAUCCGGACGGAGAUGGAACCUGUGAUCCAGGCCGCCAUCAGAAACCUGGAGAAAGACUUCCUGGAAGAAAUCCAAGAUAAAAAGGCUCGCAUUGAAGGGGCGAAGGUCAUUGCUUUGACAUCCGUUGUGUCAGCGAAAGAGAUGGAAUCUCAAGUCAUUACGCUCCACAAAGAGAUGGAAACCAUGGAGAGAGACUGGCCCCGCCUGCAAGCCCAGACGAGACUGGCCGUGAAGAAGGAGAGGCCACUGGAGGAGAAGGUUCUGGCGGACGUCAGGAAGAAGGUGAAGCAGGUGGAGAAGAUGCUCAACCCGGCGUUGGGAAACACGCGUCUCUCCAACGCCACCGCCCAUGAGGCCCUGGAGACGGCCACGGCCGCCGCAAACGAGGCCAAAGACAACGUGGUCCAGGCCAAGCAGACCCGGAGUGCCUCCAGGCACCUUGGGACCCAGGUAGAGGCCACCAUUCAGCAGCUGGCCCAGCUGGAGAACAGCUCAGCCAUUGCCAGCACCCAGCUCACUUCAGAGCCUAUGAACCUGAGGGUGGUGAAGGAGGACAUGGAAGCAACCAAGCUCCAGCUGGAGCUCUACGCCUCCACCCUGACGGAGCUCGUCAGUAAGAUCGACGGCCAGGUGAAGCUGGAGCGCUUCGACCGAGUCCUGAACGAGACGGCCCUGCGGCUGCGCAUGCUGAGGGGCAGCGUGGAGAGCCCAGCGCUGGGCGGGAAGAUCCAGAGGCUGCGCUCGGCCGCCCAGGAGCAGCAGGGCCGCCUGGCCUCCAUCGAGGCCGACCUCCAGGAGAUCAGCCAGGAGAGGGACAGCCUCAAGGACAUUACCCUCAACCUGCCCAAGUCCUGCCCCCAGCCCACGGGGGCCGGCUAGGGGGAUGUAGAGGAGGGUGGGUGGCAGGGGAUGGGGGUUGGUCAUGGGUGUGGUGGUGAUGGUGGGGGUCUUGGGUGGGUGGAGCAUGGGGGGGCGAGGGGGAAAUGGGUGUGAUGGUUGUGGGUUGUGGCUGGGGGUGGGUGGUGGUAGAUUGGUGGUGGUUGGUGCGACAUGGAUGCGGAUGGUGGUGGUGGUUGUUGGGACAUGGGUGGUGGUGGUGGUGGUUGCCAUGGUGCUGGUGGUGUUGGUUGGGACUUGGGCUCCAAACCCCGACCAUCAGCACCCAUGUCCCAACCUCCAAAUGUAUUUUGAAUGUUGGGUGGGGUUGCUGGACUGCUGCCCAAAAUGAUAAUUGUGUUCCUUCCCGUUCAGUUUUUUUUGUGGGUGGUCUUUGUUGUGUUGACCUCGCAUGUCUUUUUUCCCACAUACUCCUUACAUUCGCACAUUUUCAAUCAAGAGACACACAAAUACAAAAACACACACAAGAGCCUUUCUCACAAACCACCCCCCCCCCCCCCCCACACACACACACACCAUCCUUUUUCACACACACACACACACACACACACACACGCACACACACACACACACAGGCUAUUCUUUCCCAAACACACACACAGUUUUCUAUCUCUCUUACACACAAUCGCACAGACACACACUCACAAACAAUGGCAGACACUCAACUCUACCUCUUAAUUCCACCUUAGUUCCCAAUUUUAUUCAAAUUGAACAACAUAAUGACUUUAAUUAAACCUUCUGUAAUUACAGGCCAACUUGAGAGGCCUCUUUCAUCUGUGGGGAGCUUACAGGUGUGUUGGAGUGCCUCUCUGCACUGACUGACACGUUCAAUUACACUGCAGCUCCUUUCUCUAUCGCCCUGCUUUCAUUAGUGCAUUCCUCCCAUGGCCCCCUGCUGGUCGUCCAGGUCAGCACACAACUUCUUUAGCAUUCCUCUCUCUCUCUCUCUCUCUCUCUCUCUCUCUCUCUCUCUCUCUCUCUGUGGGAUGAUGAACUGCUCUGACAGAGCAUCAUUCAGAUACACAAUACAUAGAAUUAUCUUCUGUAGGAAUGAUACAUUCAGCCAUUUAAUCUGCACUAUUACUAAAGCAACUUACAAGUUACAAGUACACAAUCAAAGUGAGAGUAACUAAGGUAAAAGUAAGUGUGCAGAGUAGAGUUGGAAUCAGAGAGAUGAUUCAAUGAAUGAAUUGCAUUUUUAUUUUUAUAUGAAUGCCAUACUAGAGCUACAUCUCAGCGAUACAGCUAUCUCAACAAAAUUUGUUUUUUUAACUUCAACACCGUCUAUUAGCAUAUCCAUAGUCCAUAAUAUCCCAGAAAAUAGUAUGCAAUAGACAGUAUGUUGUUAAUAUAUUGGUGUUGUAUGAGCUCCAUCUGAUCAACAUUGGAGAGGGGUGAGGGCAGAAGGGAGAGGAGAAGAGAAAUUUACAAAUUUUAUUUUUUUCUGUAUUUUGUCUUUUUUUCAUGCUGUCAAAUAGAACAAUAAAACAAAUAUUUAAAAGCUCUAUGGUGCAAUCUCAUUUUCAAGCCAUCCAUUGAUUGAUCUGCAUGUCUGUCUCAAUAAAAGACUGACGCAAUA